GCUGUGAAAUCAUGACCUGAGCUGAAACCAAGAGUCGGCGCUCAACAGACUGAGCCUCCCAGGUGCCCCAGAAGAUGCAUCCUUGUCUUUCCAAGGCCUCUGCAAAUCCUCUGUGAAAACAUGGUUUCCUGCUGUGUUGGGAUUAACGUGCAGACUCCUGGCCAGGGCCUGUGUGACCUGUAUGCGCUCGGGCCUCAUUGCCCCUAAUGCUUCAUCUGCUGCCCCCAGGGCAGGCUCCAUAAUUUUUGGGACUCUGCAAAAUGAAGAGGGUUUCCUGCUGUGACUAAAACACAUCAAUGGGAGAAAAGCACGCGGAUUGUGUUUCCACAAACACGGGAGCCCAAGCGAGAGAAGUGAACACCCAGAGAAGUUCGGAGGCCAAGGUGCUGCAGCCCCUGGAGGACAGAAGGGUCCCCCUGGAGGGGACUGGAGGACAGAAGGGGACCCAGACAUGGAGCUUCGGGAAGAGGCCUGGUCUCCGGGGCCGCUGGAUUCCGAGGACCAGCAGAUGGCCAGUCAUGAGAACCCAGUGGACAUCCUCAUCAUGGAUGAUGACGACGUCCCCAGCUGGCCCCCCACCAAGCUGUCCCCGCCCCAGUCGGCGCCCCCCGCCGGCCCCCCGCCCCGGCCGCGGCCCCCGGCCCCCUACAUCUGCAACGAGUGCGGCAAGAGCUUCAGCCACUGGUCCAAGCUGACGAGGCACCAGCGCACGCACACGGGCGAGCGGCCCAACGCCUGCGCCGACUGCGGCAAGACCUUCUCGCAGAGCUCGCACCUGGUGCAGCACCGGCGCAUCCACACGGGCGAGAAGCCGUACGCCUGCUCCGAGUGCGGCAAGCGCUUCAGCUGGAGCUCCAACCUCAUGCAGCACCAGCGCAUCCACACGGGCGAGAAGCCCUACGCCUGCCCCGACUGCGGCCGUAGCUUCACGCAGAGCAAGAGCCUGGCCAAGCACCGGCGCUCGCACAGCGGCCUCAAGCCCUUCGUGUGCCCGCGCUGCGGCCGCGGCUUCAGCCAGCCCAAGAGCCUGGCGCGCCACCUGCGGCUGCACCCGGAGCUGUCGGGGCCCGGCGUGGCGGCCAAGGUGCUGGCGGCCAGCGUGCGCCGGGCCAAGGCGCCCGAGGAGGCGGCGGCGGCGGACGGCGAGAUCGCCAUCCCGGUGGGCGACGGCGAGGGCAUCAUCGUGGUGGGCGCGCCCGGAGAGGGGGCCGCGGCGGCCGCCGCCAUGGCGAGCGCGGGGGCCAAGGCGCCGGGGCCCCGCUCGCGGCGCGCCCCGGCCCCCAAGCCGUACGUGUGCGUGGAGUGCGGGAAGGGCUUCGGGCACGGGGCGGGGCUCCUGGCCCACCAGCGCGCCCAGCACGGGGACGGGCUCGGGGCGGCGGGGGGCGAGGAGCCCGCGCACAUCUGCGUGGAGUGCGGCGAGGGCUUCGUGCAGGGCGCGGCGCUGCGGAGACACAAGAAGGUGCACGCCGUGGGCGCGCCGUCCGUCUGCAGCCGCUGCGGACAGAGCUACUACCGGGCGGGCGGGGACGACGACGACGACGACGACCACGAGGCGGCGGGGGGGCGCUGCAGCGAGUGCCGCGGCGGGGAGGGCCGGUAGGGGCGGAGGCCCGGGGGGGGGGGCAGGGCCCCUCGGGCUUGGCGGGGACGACGGUCGGAGCAGGACCCGGAGGAGGCGGAGACAUGGACAGAGGCGGCGGGGGGGGGGCGGUGGCCUCCUCGUCUCGCUCCCCUGCGCCGCCCCGCGGUCGGCGCGGUGCAACGGGCGCCCCCGCCCUGCACUCUGCCCCCGGCCUGGCCCGCCCUCCCGGUUCUCUUCUCGGUGAGUCCGGGACAGACCGUGCGGAGAACUGGAGACCGGAGACCGAGAGAGAGAGCGGCCCCUGGCCCCUCUUCCUCUUCCCCCGCCGCCUGGGGCGCUCGCGAGGGGUGGAGAGCAGCCGGGCCCCUCCCGUGCAGGGGAGCCUGGGGAGGGAAGGGAGAGAGGGCCCUUUUCCCUUUAGAGUUUUCGUUUGAUCGCGCCCGCCCCCUGACUCCCCCCUCCCGUUGUUUUUUUCUCUUCUUCCCCGCGGGUCCUGUUUUUCUUGGCCCUCGUCCCUCCUCCCCUUCCUGGGUUUGGGGUGGUGGAGGAGCGCUGGAGCAGGACUAGCCCCUGUUCCCAGGGUAGCCCUCAGAGAAUGGGGUCCCGUCUAUUCCCGGGCCUGGACGGGGCUGAAGGAGGGGUGCGGGGGCAAUAAAUCGCACUAUCUGAUUGUC